UUAUUGACGAAAGAAAAAAAAUCAAGUAAUGAUAAAUGUGACAAGAUGAAAGAAAAAUUUCGACAAGCAAUUUUUGUGUGUGUUUUUACUAUUAAUGUUGGGUUCAUUAUUGCAGCAACUUCAUUUGGCAACCGCAAGACCUAUUCGACAGAGUCCAAUGGCUUAGUUAAUCGAAACUUACCACACUAUGUUGGUCAAAUAAUACCUGAUAAAUGCAUUGCAAUUUGUGGGUUUAAAGAAGAAAUUUAUGCUGGAGUUGACCAUAAUGGAAAUCAUUGCUUUUGUGGUUCUUCUGUGGGAGAUGCAUGUGGAUCUGUUAAUGACACACAGUGUUUAGAGGUAUAUGCUUCAGAUGGCUUAUCAGCUGAGUUUACUACUACGCCACCUACAAGUGUUAAACUUUUUGAAGAUGUGGCAUUGUCUAUACGAAUAUCUGAUAAUUUACCUAUUUAUGGUGUCUACAUUAAUGGUAAAGUUUUAGAGACAAGGACAUCUGAUGUUACUGUUAAAUUUACUCAACUUGGAAAUAAUACAUUAGCAACAGAAUUAGGAGCAUAUUGGGGUGCUCGAAGUCCACUUCAUUUUGUAAUUGCGUAUGCUGGAAGCGAACUUAUCAUUCAGUGUCCUGUAGCAUUUGAACAAGGAGUGGAGUUUGAAUGUUUGAUUCUUGUAACAUCGGGGUCAGAUCUCACAACAAUGACAAUCUCCAAAGAUGGAUCAUCAGUUGCUACAAUCUCCGAUGUUUCAGAUCCUUUGUAUUAUCAAAUUGGAAGUGACUUGAGAAGUGAUCGUUUUCAUGACUAUUCGCCAUCGUAUAAUUGGACACUUGGAUAUCCCUCAGCUUACAUAAACAUCAAUCAUCAAUUUACUUCUGAGGGAGUGGUAAAGGCUUUUGAAGCAUACAUAUCACGUCUUGAUUCAGGCGUGGGGUGUGUGCGAUUUCUGAUACUUAAACCAACCUGUGACAUCUCUACCCAGAAGUAUUGUCAUUCCAAACAGUCUUGCGUGGACUUGGCUCAUGAAUGUGGUGAUGCAAAAGAUGACACAGUAACAUUUUAUUCAUCUUCAACAGAUACAAUGUUUUGUUCCGAUACACUUAGAUUUACUAAUCCAGAAAAUUCGUCAUGUCUGCUAUCACCACCAUCUGGGCCUGCUGCUCAGUACGAAAUUGUGUAUGAACAUGAAGCACAGACUAGUAAACUAGGUAAUAAUGUGUUUGGUGUAUCUGAUGUUGUCAUGGUCAAACCAGGAUAUAUACUUGGCUGGGUGCCAUGUGUUAACAAUCCUGGAGACAUUGGGUAUUAUCCUGUUGAGCCUGUAUAUGAUGAUUUGUAUCCAGUGUAUGUGUAUGACGAAGUGUAUCAACUUAAAGUAGGAGCUGUAUUCUCAAUGGAUUAUCCACUGACUUCAACUCUAAAUGUGGCGCAUAUGUUACGUGCAUCUGUUUUUUCAAUGAUUUAUUAUUCUCAAAUGUUCACAGGUGCAACUGCUAAUACAGAUUUAGAUGUGUCUGCAGCAUUAGAAUCAACCUUUGAUACGACUUUUACUGCCUCUAAGACUGUCAGAAUUCAAGAAGUCAUUGUUGGUCUCACUGCAGCUGCCAAAGUAGAUUCUAACGAAGUAGUAACAUUAACACUCGGGCUUAGUACUGGACUUAGUGAUGUAACAUUUUGCAUCCACUGGGACAUGGAGAAAUACAAUGGCACAUGUGAUAUAACAACAACAUCUAUUAACCCUUCAACAGUUUAUCCAAGGCCUGGUGUAUAUACUAUAUUUGUUAAAGCUUACAACCUAAUAUCAAUGUCAAAUGUCACAACUAUCGUCACAAUUGAAGGAUCCAUAUCUCUUUUGGAAUUUAUACCAUCGCCCAUUCCAAUUAAAGCUGUUGCGACGAACGAGCCAUUGCUGAUUGAAGUAUUUGGUAGUGGGUUGGGGCCGCUAAAGUUAAGCUUGGAGAUCGAUUCGUUGAGCGUUGAAUACAAUGUAUCCGUAGCUUCACACUUUUAUGCUUUCGCAGAUGCUGUAUUUAGUGCUCCAAAAGAUGUUCUCUCUGUGAUAAAGUUAGGCGAUAGUAAAGCUGUGGCAGCUUAUGGCAGUGUUGAAGAUCCCAUUGCUCAACUGUCACUUGAAGCUUAUGGAAUUGCAGAAACAAAUGUAAGUUUUCAAUAUCGAAUUGUCCCUCAUAUGGGAACUAAUGUUACAUAUCGUUGGACAUGGAGUGAUGGUCAUAUUGAUGAAACGAAUGGAACAUACAAUGUACGAGUCAUGAAUCACACUUUUCAUUAUUAUGGUAAUUUUUCAAUUUAUAUUGAAGGAUGGAAUAAAAUAAGCUAUUCGGAUCGAAAUUACACGUUCACCAUUCAAGAUAAAAUCGAGGGUUUGUUUUUUGUCAAGGAGAACCUAAAUACAGAAUUUGGAUCUAUAACCACUGUUGAUUUUUAUUUAACACAGGGUACUGCGGUAAACUUAUGGAUUGAUUUUGAUUUGAAAGAUAACUUUGACCUUCCAAUUACUACUCCAAUAGCAGUUAAUAUGGAUAUGUCUGGAACUGCAAUUUAUGGAAGAGGAGGUAUACAGUACCCAAAACAUGGGAAGUACAAUUUGACUAUACAUUGUGAAAAUUCUGUGUCAACCUUGACAAUAUGGAAAGAUGUCUAUAUCCAAGAACGUAUAACCAAUUUGACUGUGCAGAUUGAACAACAGCAUUCAGGUGGAUUACUAGAUUAUGUUGAGGUCAAUGAAACCUUGACAAUAAUUGCAAAUAUAUCAACAGGAAUUGAUGUUACAUUUGUGUAUAAUUUUGGUGAUGGAAAUCCACCAUUAACCACCAAUGAGACCUCUGUCAGUAUUUCUUAUUCUGAAUGGAGAGUAAACCCACCAUACAUAGUAGAAGUUUCUGUUUUUAAUGAAAUCUCCAGGGAUAAUCUUUCAAUUCCUAUAUUUGUGCAGAAACCAGUGCAAAAUAUGACUGGAUUUGGAGUGACUGCAACUUCAACCAACUCUACAUACCCGUUAUCCAUGACUCUAGAUAUUAUCAGUGGUGAUGAUUUCUCUUGCGGUUGGAAUUUUGAAGAUGGAUCACCAUUACAUUCUGUGGAUUACCCUUCCUUUUUGGAAAGUAAUGUUGUGAAACACAUUUUUCCUCCAGGAGAGUUUGACGUUGUGACGAACUGUUCAAACCGUUUAUAUAAUGUUACAUUAAUAACAACUGUUUACUCCUAUCACCCUAUUACUGAUUUUGUUGUUGAUGUUUUUUCAAAGUGUGACAAUAGCGAGGUACUAACAAAAGGAACAGGAAAGUAUGAAAAUACUUUUGAUGUAGAUUGUGAAAUUGUGUUUUUCACAAGCGAUCAAAAGGGAACUAAUGUUACGUACAUAUAUGACUUUAACUACGUUCAAAAAAAUGGUAAGACACCAGUCACUUCCACCCCAGAAAAUAGCACCAGUCACAAGUUUGUGUUUCUUGAAGAUGACACGACCAUUCUUGCAGUUAAUGUUCUAGUACUAGCUAAAAACCCGAUUCAGGAGUUUCUAAAAGCUAUACCUCUUUUAAUAAUUAGAGGCAUUCAAAAUGUUACCGUGGAAAUUGACGAUACUAUCAAUAGGAUUGGCAUGCUAACUAAUUUUACAGGUUCAGUUUCACAAAAAGCACACCAACCAUGUUAUGCAAUAGAUUUUGGCGAUGCUGAUGAAAAAGGUGCUGAUUAUAAGCCUCUUUUGUUUGGCCAUUCUGAUUGCCGGUCGAAACAAGAAUAUAUGUUUCAUUCAUAUUUGAGUGUUGACCUAUUACCUGAUGUAUUUACUGCUAUUACAUCAUACAUGUACAAAUCAGUCAAAACUUACAUUGUGACAGUUACAGGAACUAAUGACGUGUCUUCAGUUUCCACAACAAUUGAAGUCAAAAUCCUUGACCUACCAUGUAAUGCACCAGUUGUAGCAUGGGAUAGUGCAAUGGCUGAUGAACCAGGAAAGGCACAGACUCUUUCAUCCUUUUUCAAAUGUCGAAAAUAUAAUAUUUUAUCAAAAGCUGUUCGUGACUGCCAGAAAAAAACUGCAGUUAUUAAAAGAGAGUGGAAUCUGCAAUUGAUUACCUAUAUAAAUGAAACUGGUGAUAUCAUUGUAAACAAAAGUAUUGAAAUACCAGGAAAUGAUACACGACACAUUAUCUCAGAAAGGCAACUUGACUAUGGACUUUACCAUAUACAAUUGAAAUUUAGCAUGUUUGAUUUGGAACGAAACAUUGUGCUAGAUGGCACAGAUAUUGAACUAAGUGGAUAUUUUGAAAUCAAGAAAUGUGAUUUAAUUGUUAAUAUUUUGGGUGGAUAUGGAAGAGCUGUGGGACAGGGAGGUGUCAUUAAUAUUAAUGCGUCCCAAAGCACUGAUCCUGAUAUGGAGCCUAAUACACCAAUGGGGUUACAUUUUGACUGGUUCUGCAAGCAGGAUAAUUCCAAAGAUGAAAAUAUAGAAAACGAGUAUUUCCCAGAAAAUUUAGACGAUGCUCCAACGUUCAACUAUCCAGAAAGUCCAGACCCUGCUGCAGGAAAUGCAAGUAUAUCAAGAGCUCACUUCAAAGGAUGUUUUGGUCAAGGUCAUGGCCGGCUUAUUGGUGAAGGUCACGUUGGUCCAGUGUUAUUUUUAAACACUACUUUUAUGUUGUAUAGCCAAGAAUACAAUAUAUGGUUGCGUCUCUCUCAAACUGGUCGGAAGGAGAAUGUUAUUGUGAAAUAUAAUUUAAGAGUUGUUUACGGUGUACCACCAGAAGUUAGCAUUGAAUGUAAGCUGAAUUGUCUUGUGAAGAAAAAUCCAACUCAAAAGAUAUCUUUUGUGGCCAUGUGUCUAAACUGCAAAGACGUUACACCAUAUUAUGAAUGGUCAAUGGAAUCAAAAGAAGCUACAGCUCCUGAAAGUGUUGGCUAUGAAGAUGACACUGAAUUAUUAAAAAAAAGCGUUUUAACCAAUAUUCAAAAAGAUAAAAAUUUAGUUAUCAAGCCAAAUUCUUUAUCAGCAAAAAAAAUUUAUAUUCUCAAGCUAUCUGUAUAUUGGACCAAGGCAGAUGCAGGGACAGAAGGUGGUGGCUUUUCAGAAUAUGCGUUUGAAAUUAACACUCCACCGUAUAUGGGAAAGUACGCUCAAUGUUUGUUCAAUAAAAUGAGUGGGAAAGCUUUAGACACUAAGUUUAAUAUACAAUGUUUUGAUAUUCACGAUGUUGACACACCUUUGACCUAUUCUUGGUUUUAUUUACCUGGAAACUCCACAAAGGAUUGGACUGCAUGUACAUUUCCACGUCAAGGACGUCCAGAAUCAGCUUUGUUUACUUUACCUGCUGGUAACAGCCAGCGCCAGAAUCUAUUAAAAGUGAAAGUAAUUGUCACUGAUUUGUUUGGAGCAUCUAUGGAUCCCUACCUGUUAGAAAUUAGAGUUGAUCCCAAACCAAUUGAUAGUGCUUCAGUUGAUAAACUGCUUGACGAGGCGAUGGACGAUCCAGCUGUUAUGGGAAGUGUGAUGAAUGGUCUACUAGACAAUAUGAAAAGCACACCGAAGGAGCAAGAAUCAGUAAUUGACCAUUCAGCUGUGAAAGACAAAAUGGUAGCAAUGUUAGCUCAAGUAAAAAUUGAUUCUCCUGCCGGUGCUCAAAUGGUUGCUGGAACUCUUGAUAAUGCAGCUGAUGCUGGUGAAUCGAUGAGUGAAGAUGGAGUGGAAAAAUCAUUAACAGCAAGUGCUAACAUAGCGAAUUUCGCUGAUGAGCUUACUGCAGAAGAACUUGCAGGAAUUGCACAGAAGACUUUAUCGGCAACAUCAAAGUUUACAGCAAAUGUUAAAGGAGAAAAGGCUGCAGAGGCUUUAAAAAAUGCGAUGGCUAGUGAGUCAGUGUUGACAUCAGGCGCUGCUGCUAAUAUGGUAGCUGGAGAAGCGGCAUCAAGUAUAAAAACAUCAAAUGGGGAAACCAAAGUUUCUUGUAUCGAUCCAAAAGAUAAAAGUAAUGACUUAGGGGGAUUUGAGUUACCUGACAUGGAUGAUGACGACAAUGAGGGAGGCUGUACAGGUGCUUCGAAUUCGAUGGGUAAAAAUAGAUUUGCAUUUGAUGAGUCAUCCAAGGGAGUGAUGGGUCCAACAUUGGGGCUUGAGUUAUCAGCUGGCUUAGGAAAGAAAAAGAAAGUGCAGAAUUUGACAAAACCAAUCCGACUUGUCAUACCCAACAUUGACCCCUUACCUGUACCUGAAUCUCAUACAGCGUAUUGUGAAUUGAUGAGAGUUGUGCAUCUAGUGAAAUGUGAUGUAAACACGUCCAGUUUGUUUUUAAAAAUGAAACCAAAGGACGACAAUUUUACUGGGAAUUUAUUUGCUUUCAUGAACAAAGGAAUUGCUCCAUCGCUAGUUAGUCACCAACAUAACUGUACGUUACCCAACCCGUAUCCAGAUGGCUGGGAGAAUAUGACAACAGCUGCGCAGCAACAUUUUGAAGAAGAGGUCAAAUGGAGGUGUGUCAUUUCAGCAAAGGCAAUGGAAGAUUAUUGUGAAGGAAGAUGGUGUGUUGGUAUCAUCUAUUACACAAAUUCUACUAACACUACCACCAAGUUAAGACCAAGAGAUUAUCCUGUUGAAGAAGCGAAAUGUUCUAGAUUAAACUACACAUUUUACGCCUACACAAGGUCGUGUCUCUACUGGAGUCAUGAACAGAAAAAAUGGUCAAGUGAAGGUUGUAAGGUCAGUACGGAAUCGAAAGAUAGUGAAACCGUUUGUUAUUGUGACCAUUUAACUGACUUUGGUGGCGGUGGUCCGUUUGCAGAGCCGCAACCAAUCGACUUUGGAGCCGCCUUUUCUGGUUUUUCGAAUCUUGGUGAAAAUCCAACUGUGUUUGCGGUUGUUUUGUCACUGAUCGUUCUGUACUUCAUGAUGUUGGUUUGGGCUCGUAGAAAGGAUAAGAAGAACUUGGAGAAGGCAGCAGUAGCAGAACUUUCAGAUAAUCAUCGCGGCGACACAUACUACUAUGAAAUAGCUGUUCAAACAGGAUUCAAAACAGGUUCGACCACCACAUCAGAGGUGUUCAUCAAACUGUUCGGUGUGCAAAGCGACACACAACCAAGAAAACUUAGCAAUCCUAACCGCAAAUGUUUCAACAAAGGAGAAACAGACACCUUCUUGCUGGCUGUACCAUAUAGUUUGGGGAAUAUCAAGGAGAUUGAAAUCUGGCAUAACAACACUGGCGCUUCUCCGGGGUGGUUUUUGAUGCAAGUUCAGAUAACAAACCUCCAAACGUAUCAAAAAUUUCAAUACGUGUGCAACAAAUGGUUGGAUGUUGCAGAAGAUGAUGGCUUGAUCCACCGACGCCUCGAGAAAGCUGAUAAAGAAGAUCUGACCGAAUUCAGUUUUGCGUUCGCACAAAUGGCGCGAAAAAACCUCUACGAUGGACACAUCUGGUUUUCAGUGUUUACGCGACCUGCUGCAAGUACAUUCACUACAGUUCAAAGAUUAAGUACAUGUUUCUCGCUGAUUCUGAAAACCAUGUUAGCAAAUGCGAUGUUCUACACCGGUGACGAUGCACCACCUUCUGAUGCGAUCCGUAUUGGACCUUUCACUAUCUCAAUCACUCAAAUACGCGUGGGCUUUACAAGCAGUUUGAUUGUUAUCCCUGCCAAUCUGUUGAUUAUAACAUUGUUUAAAAAAGCUGGUCCAAAGAGGGACAAGAAUGCAGAAAAAUAUAAAGAAGAGGAAGAGGAAGAGGCAGGUUCUUCUGUCCCUGUAGCUGCUUCCAACAUUGACUUAGAAGAAGAAGGCAAAGCGAAGAAGCACAACAAGCGAGUCAACUUUCUUAAAUCAAUUCUAUUUGCUGGACGGGAAGAUGACGAAGAUGAGAAAAUGAAAAAGAAGAAGAACCCAUUACCUCACUGGUUGAUAUAUAUCGCCUACUUUUUCGUGUUUGUCACUUCCGCUGUCAGUGCAUUCUUCGUCAUCCUGUACGGGUUUACAUUUGGAAAGGAAAAAUCAGAUAAAUGGAUUGUGUCUAUGCUUGUCUCGUUUUUCCAGUCUGUCUUGAUUAUCCAACCUGUAAAGGUACUUGUUUUAUCUGUCAUAUUUGCACUCAUUGUGAAAGACCCAACUAAGGACGAAGAUGAAAAUAAACAAACUAAGAGGAAAAAAAUAGAAGAGACUGAUGAAGAUGCGGAAGAUUCAUUAGGUGAAGAUGAUGACAUCCUGAAGACUUUGAAUACAUUCAAAAUGCCAGAUGAAAGACGUUUGGAGGAAUCUCGACAGCAACGACUAAUGGAAAAACGAAUCAAAGCAAUCAUCAGAGAAAUAGUGGUACAUCUCAUGUUUGUUGUGCUGUGUUUGAUGGUGGCUUACGCAGCGUCUGACCCGUAUUCAUUUCAAUUAUCCAACAGCGUGCGGAAGCAGUGUCAAGAUAAUGGCGUGUUACAGUCGUAUUUCCAAAGUGUCUCCUAUGCUGAUGAGUAUGGGGAAAAAAGAAAAGUUGUAAAAGCAGACCAAGUUUCAAAUCGCCUUCAAUGGUUUGACUGGAUUCGGUAUUCUGUGACCGAAUAUUUAUUUCCCAACGGUUGGUACAAUGGCGAUAAAACUUAUGAGCCAGGCUUCACAGCUGACACAGAAGCUUCGAAGGUUCUCGCCAUGGCAAGGAUACGACAACUGCGUGUAAAAUCAAUGUCAUGCACGAAACAUCCCGUUUUUGUUGACCUGGUGGUUGAGUGUAACGCAGGCUAUAGUAUGGGAGUGGAAGACACUAAUAAUUAUCACUAUGGUUGGACGCCACCUAUCAACCGAUCCUUGCGCUUACAGUUGAGAAGAGGCAAAAGGAAAGCCAUGUACUUAGGAUUGGAAACGCCUUGGAGUUAUCAAAGUGCCGCGGAACUUAAAAGUUUCCCGUUCUUCGGCAAGUUUGCAACAUAUAGUGGAUCUUCCUAUUCCGUCAACAUUGGUCCUAAGAAAAAGUUUGCAAAGGCUAUCGUUAAAGCGAUGAAAGAUAAUUUCUGGGUUGAUCGCUAUACCCGCGCUUUGUUCGUUGAAAGCAACAUAUAUAACGCCAACACGAAUCUGCUGUUAAUCGUGACCAUGUUACAUGAAAUCUUACCAACUGGCGGGUGGAAUUUUUUCACUAACAUUCAGUCGUUAAGACUUUAUCGUUAUGUCGGAGGUCUCGGUUCGAUUAUUAUGCUGUUUGAUUUGGCUUUUACCGUCGUAACCCUUGUUGGUUUGUAUAAAGCGAUCAAACAUGGCAAAAGACAGGGAUUCAUGGCAUACCUGUCCAACCCAUGGAAUUUUCUGCACGUGGUUGUCACGCUCUGCUCACUUAGUGCCAUCGUUUGCACCGGAGCACGAAUGCUGGCCGUUAAAUGGGCAACUGCAGAAUAUAAGGAGGAACCCGAGCUUUUUGCAAGUUUCACGUAUGUUGGCCAACUUGAAUUCUUUAUCAUGGCUUUUAUUGGAUUUGUGGUGUUCUUUACCAACUUGGAAUUUCUGCGCAUUUUGAGAUUUAACAGACGUAUUGGUUUGCUAACAAAAACGAUGUCCAUAGUUGGAAAGCCGUUGCGUUCAUUUGCGUUACUCUUUAUGAUCAUCUUCAUGGCGUAUGUAUCGCUCGCGCAUUGCAUGUUUGUUGAUAAGCUACCGGCUUAUUCAACAGUUGGGAAAACCUUUGUUUCGCUCACGAAAAUGUUUCUAGGUAAAUUCAAAGUUUAUGAGUUCCUUGAUAAUGCUCCUGUCAUUGGUCCAAUUCUGUUCUUCUCCUACAUGCUGGCCAUCCAAAUGGUGCUGAUAAAUAUGUUUGUCGGUAUUGUGUGCGAUUCGUUCGCUACUGUGAGGGAAGAAGAAGAUAACACAGAAGAAGCAAAUGUCUUGUCGUAUAUGGCGAACAGAGUUAAAAAGAUAGCUGGUUCUACGACAGGUCCUGACGUUCCCAUCUAUAGCGAAUGGAAGACAGAUUGGGAGGUAAUGAUGGAGAAGUUAGAAGAGCGCUGCGAUAACUGUGUUUACGCGCUAGGUAACUUCGAAAGCGAGGAUUCAAGACAAACAAAAUGGUUUGAACCUAGGAAAGCUGACGAGAAGAAAAAGAAUAUGUUGGUGGCAGUAUUAGGACUUGAGUACUUCUUGUACGAUAAAGAGCUGUGUGACGGUAUCCAGGUUUUGGAGAGGAAGUUAAGAAGAAUGACGCUGACAGAAUCAAAAGUUUUUCUUGCUGCUGCUGUUUUGAAACGAAGGGACGACUUGCUCCAGGAACAAGGAAGAGCUUCGGAAAUGUCGAAUCAAUCCAGAAUGGACGGCGAAUCGUCAAGCGAUAACGACUCCGACAACGACGACGGCAAAAGUUCAUCGGAUUCAGAAGUUGAUUCGUCGUAAGGGUGAAGAGGAAUAGCUAGUGAUUUGAAACUUGACGUUGUAUAUAACAGAGACACAAUAUUGUGUGACAAAUUGACAUCUUGUUUUUUUGCAUUGUUGGUUUUAUUACGCUGUUUCAUUUUAUGACGGUCCUUGUUAUGAAAUUCGUAUGGUCGAAUUCUCGCGAAUACUUCUAACCCCAGCCCGUGGUGGCAUGAAAUCAUCUCAUGUUAAACCGACGUAAUGAAAACCAACAUUUUUUUUAUUUUUAAAUCUUCGAUAUUUAUACUUUACUUUUUUCUUUUCAUAAAAUGUUUUGGUUUUAAAGUGGUAGGCUGUGCAUGUGGAAAUGUGGAAAUGAUGCAUCAAUUAAAAAAAUUUUUGAAAAGUGAAUUUAGAUACAAGUAAAGAAAACAAGCAUUUUGAAAGAUGACGUUCAUGUUGGUUUAUCUUGUUUGAUUUCAAAAAAAAAAGAUGCAGAAAGGUACAAUGUUAGGCAAGAUAUGCUCGUUAAAAAAUUAAAAAACCUAUAUAUGUAGCACUUGCACUGGACGACCUGUAUUUUGAAGGAAUUUGUAUUUUUGCACGAUAUUAUUUGUUGUUAUUUUUUCUUCAUUUUAUUAAACAGAAAAAAGAAGCACUCAAAAUUC